GGUCCGUGCGUCCUGACAUCACGGAGACAUUGAUAUGGCAAUACUACUGUUGGAAACAUUCUAGUCUGUUUCGGACGGACAGCAUAAGCAACAUCAUGUCGUUUAGCUGGUCAGCAAAAGACCACAAGAGUUAUACAAAUCCACCCUCCAACCCAACCCAAGGGCUGAAGCGGCCACGGAACGAAACAGGGAACAAAGUGACAGUAGUGCUCGGUGCGCAAUGGGGAGAUGAAGGCAAAGGAAAAGUCGUCGAUUUAUUGGCGACUGAGUCUGACCUUGUUUGCAGAUGUCAGGGCGGUAACAAUGCUGGCCACACAGUGGUAGUGGAAGGCAAAGAGUAUGACUUCCACCUUCUCCCCAGUGGAAUUAUCAACCCCAAAAGUAUAUGUGUCAUUGGUAAUGGCGUAGUCAUACACCUACCAGGUUUGUUUGAGGAGGCGGAGAACAAUGAGAAGAAAGGUCUUAAAGGCUGGGAGAAGAGACUAAUCGUCUCUGACAGAGCUCACCUUGUGUUUGAUUUCCAUCAGGUUGUGGAUGGAAUUCAGGAGACCCAGAGACAAGCAACAGAGGGAAAGAUAAUUGGAACAACCAAGAAAGGCAUUGGACCCACCUAUGCCAGCAAGGCAUCUCGCACAGGACUGCGUGUCUGUGACCUGCUGGGAGACUUCAAGGAGUUCUCUACCAAAUUCAAGAACCUUGUCGAACAGUACCAGUCCAUGUAUUCAUCCCUGACAGUUGAUACUGAAAGUCAGCUGAAAAAACUGAAGGAGUAUGGAGAGAGGUUGCGGCCGAUGGUUCGGGAUGGAGUCUAUUACAUGUACGAGGCUCUUCAUGGACCCCCAAAGAAAAUUCUGGUGGAAGGGGCCAACGCUGCCCUCCUCGACAUUGACUUUGGCACAUAUCCUUUUGUGACCUCAUCAAACUGCACCGUUGGUGGGGCAUGCACUGGUCUUGGCAUCCCUCCCCUUAAUAUUGGUGAAGUGUAUGGUGUAUCAAAGGCCUACACCACCAGGGUGGGAAUUGGUGCCUUCCCCACAGAACAACUCAAUGUGACAGGUGAGCUGCUGCAGACAAGGGGUCAUGAGGUGGGUGUGACCACAGGCAGGAAACGUCGCUGUGGCUGGCUGGACCUGGUCAUCCUGAGAUACGCUCACAUGAUCAAUGGCUUCACUGCCAUUGCUUUGACAAAACUUGACAUCCUUGAUGUGCUGGAUGAGAUCAAAGUAGGAGUGGCCUACAAAAUCAAUGGCAAAAGAAUUCCCCAUUUCCCAGCUGACAUGGAGCUGUUGCACAAAGUGGAGGUAGAGUAUGAGACCCUCCCCGGCUGGAAGAGUGACACGUCUGCAGCCAGAAAGUGGAAUAAUCUUCCCCAGAAGGCUCAGAACUACAUCCGCUUUGUGGAGAACCACAUUGGAGUACCCAUUAAGUGGGUCGGUGUAGGAAAGUCCAGAGAGUGCAUGAUCCAGAUGUUCUAGAGAGUUUACCUCCUCUCUCCUCAAGAUGGACGCACAACGAUAUGGAAUGAUGUGACAUAUGUUUGCAACCCCCAAACUGUCUAAUAUUGUGGUAAAAAAAAAAAAAAACUUAUGCCAACAGAUUUGUGUAGCUUUGAAACAAUGUUGACUGGUAAUGUUGGUAACUUUACAUCUAUCUAUGCAGUGCUUCUCAUCAGUAAGUUGCCUUGUGAUGAUGUCGGCCAGAAAGUCCUAUUACUGACCAAAGAGUAAAUCUUACCUUGUGCCACACAGCGAACAUAAAAGAUAAAACACAUCCAAUAACUUUU